GUUGAGCUCACCCCCACACUGGCACUCUUCGCCUGCGCUCCCUUCGACGAGCCACCCCUACCAUGGCAAAGAAGAAGAAGCCGACGCUCAAGUCGUCGGUGAACAGGGGAUUUGCCACGACUAGUGUGCCCAGCAAGAAGCCGGUAGAGACGCCAGCAGAGGAAGAAGCCAAGGAUGAGCAGAGCAAUGGCAAAGGACAGGCUGCAACUGCUUCUUCGGCCUCACAAGCAGUCUCUGGAGCUGGAGCUAUACCGCGAAAAGAAGCGGGAGCAGGGAAUGGGGAGGCUGACUUUGAGGUCGACUCGGAGGAAAUGGAGCUGCAGCUGCUGGUAGAGCGGCUGAACGAUCGGGCAGAGCGAGAGGUCACUCGAUUAUGGAAGGCCAUUGACUUCGAUCGUCGCAUGUCAAGCUCACUUCCAAGCUUCGAGGUCGAUGGAAGUACCAAUGAACGGGCACUCGCAUUAGCUGCCAAUGGCAUCUCGCGCCUCGACUUGGCAACCACCAGCACUUCUGCCAGCACUACAGAACCUGCUUCUGGUGCUGCCACACCGUCUGAAGCGGGAGGGCAACGCAGUGUACUGCCCACUUCCGCCCUGACGCCGCUCCCGUCCAACCUCCUCGACGAGGACAAGCUCUACAUUCGUGCCCUCACCACGUAUGGCCUUCUACAGAAACUCGGCUUCUCCACAGAAGAAGCAGAGCGGGCUCUGAGAGCCACAACGGGACCGUACGACCUGGAAGAUUGCAUCGCAUAUCUGGUGUCUGUCCUAGACGAGCAAGAGAUGACAGCUGUAGAGAGGCGGCAGAAAGGUCUAGAGACUGAAAAUUCAGGCGCAGAGGGCGAGAGUAGCUCUAGCACGGAUACUUCGAUACCGCCCCAGCACCUCGCCUAUUCCUUCGAGCGGUCAGUGGGUCCAAGAGGCGGCUUCAACUCCCAAGCUAAAGGCAAGACGGGCAAAAAGACUAAUGGCGAGAGCACGCCUGCCGUUGCUGAUGUCACCGACCUCGAAGCUGCCGAGCUCACAAACAAGCUCCGAAGUCUCUCAAUGUCAUGCCUUGCUAUUGUGUCGGAUCUUGAGACUGAGAUUAGCGAGGGCUCUAGUGGGUCAGGUCUGAUGGACACCCUAGAAAGUCCGUCGACAGCUUGGGCAAGAGCCAGACUUGGCAUGAUCAAGCUCGAUCGCCUUAAAGGUCAGCAAACAAAGCUAGUCCGGACAGGGGCAAACGAAAACGUGAUGAAAGAUUCAGAGCGUCAGAGAGACUUCGAUAGGGAAGGUGCUGCAGAGUACCUCCGACAGGAGAGGACAGCUUGGGAAGAGACGCUGGUCGAAGCAGAUGACGGCAAAGGACGGGAAGCGAUUGCUUCGACUACGGCGGCCGAUGGUGAAGAGCCUGACUCCGAGGAGGAUCAUUCGCAAGCUCAGAGCUCAGCGCAAGCGACACCCAGCGGCGCGGCGACACCGAAUGAGCAGGCCACCAUAGAGAACGGCAACAAAGACGAACAUGCUGAUGAAGAGGGUGGGGAUAUGUUCGGUGGCUUGCUCGACGAGACACCACAAGAAGUCGUCGACGCAUCUACCGGCGUGACUAUCAAAGUGCGAGCGCUACCCACCACCAUCAAAGGUGGUCGGACUCCUCGUGCUCUGCUCGCAGAGUCUCUCAGACGACUAGACCCCACAGCUCAUACACGUUUCGAUGCAGUGUUGACCGGGGGCAGAAUCUGUCGAAGUCGUCUCACGCUACGGUGGUCGGGACCGGAAGGCAAGAAGUCUUCCCAGAGCUACCUCGACAUCUUCCAGCUGACAGGUGAAGGGGCAGAGUCAGCAUCUGCUGCCGAAGAUAUGCUUGCUACAGUCGCCCUCAACUGCAUAGAGCGGGAUCGCCCUACAUACCGCAGUCUACCUGGACCAUACCGCGAAUGGUACGAGGAGCUGGAGCGAUACAGGAAGACUGAGAAGAGCGCAAAAGCGGUUGAGACACUCAAGCAGAUCAAGACGAUCGUACAGCCUAGACUGGAUGAGAUAGAGGCUCGAAAGGCACAAGCAAAGGCAGGAAACGCCACAUCUAUCGACGUUGGCAAAGUCAGCGACUCCGAUGGCCAGUCACAUCUCGGCGCCCUCACCCAAGGAGCGGUCAAACCUCUCAACGAACAGCAAGCAGCGAGGCAGAGGGAGCAAAUACAGGAGAAGAUGACGGCUCCUUCGUAUCAGAAGAUGCUUCCGCAAAGACAGUCUCUACCCAUCUACAAGUAUCGCGAUCACAUCUUAGACAUCCUCGACAACAAUCAAGUGUUUGUGCUGAGUGGUGAGACGGGUUGUGGUAAGUCUACGCAAAUUCCGGCGUACAUUCUUGAGCACUGCAUGUCACAAGGAAAGCCCUGUAAGAUCUACUGUACUGAGCCAAGGAGAAUCAGUGCUAUCUCCCUUGCUGAGCGAGUCAGUCAGGAGCUGGGCGAGCCUCGAGGCGCUGUGGGAGGCGAUAGCAGCCUGGUCGGGUAUGCCAUCAGACUUGACAGCCACAUCGGCAGGGAAGCCAAGCUGGUCUACGCUACGUCCGGUAUUCUUCUGCGCAUGCUGGAGGGGACAUCUGUCAACGAAGUGACGCACAUCAUCAUAGACGAGGUUCACGAAAGGAGCAUCGAAAGCGACUUCUUGCUCAUCAUCUUGAAGACCCUCAUUCAAUAUCGCAAGGACCUCAAGGUCAUCCUUAUGUCGGCUACACUGGAUGCUGAGCGUAUCAGUGCUUAUUGCGGUGGCUGCGCGGUUAUACAAGUGCCUGGAAGAACGUUUCCUGUGCAAACGAAUUAUCUGGAGGACGCAGUCGAGUUGACGGGCUACAUCGUGGAGGACGAUUCACAGUACGCUGUCCGCCAGCGAAGGGACAAGUACGGCCGCAAGGCAGAUGUGCCGGGUAACAAGGCCAAAUUGCAGUCGACGGCGGACGAUGAGGUCCCUCCUGAUGACGAUGAUGAUGAAGACGAGCGUCAGGGCACAGCUUCGACAUCUCUCAAGGGACAGCGGUACUCGCCCAAGACCAUCUCGACUAUGGACCGGAUGGAUGAGUACGUCAUCAAUCACGACCUGAUUGUGUCUUUGAUAGAGCGCAUCUGCUUCUCGCCAGACCUAGAGCAGUUUAGCCCUGCCAUCCUGGUGUUCAUGCCAGGGCUGCAAGACAUUCGCAAGUUGCACGACCUCCUCCUCUCCCAUCGUGCAUUCGGGUCACAAUCUUUCAUCGUUUCCCCCCUACAUUCGACACUGAGCAGUGAGGAGCAGAGCUCUGUCUUCAAUAUACCCCCAAAAGGCAUGCGCAAGAUCGUCAUCUCAACCAACAUUGCAGAGACCGGAGUGACUAUACCUGACGUCACAGAGAUGCGCUUCGACGAAAAAAGGCAGACAUCGAAACUGGUUGACUGCUUCGUGGCCAAGAGCAACGCAAAGCAAAGGAGAGGUCGAGCAGGUCGUGUACAGGAGGGCAUCUGCUUCCACUUGUUUACGAAAGAACGUCAUGACAAGCAUCUCGCCGAUCAUCCUUUGCCAGAGAUGCUCCGGCUGUCCCUACAAGACCUUGCCCUGAAGCUCAAGAUCAUGAAAAUUCGCAUUGGCAACAGCGUCGGCGAGGCGCUGGCACAAGCUCUAGACCCACCUUCCCCUGUCAAUGUGCAGAGAGCCGUCUCGGCAUUGAUCGAGGUGAAGGCUCUUACGACAACGGAAGAGAUCACGCCGCUUGGUCGUCAUCUGGCUAGGAUCCCACUGGACGUUCACAUGGGCAAAUUCCUCCUCAUCGCCACGCUCUUCAAGUGCCUUGACGCUGCCUUGACGACUGCUGCUGCCUUGAAUUCGAAGUCACCUUUUGUAACUCCCUUCGGUCGAGAAGCCGAGGCAGACGCUGCCAAGGCCUCUUUCCGAGUCGGCAACUCUGACUUUUUGACUAUCGCCAAUGCAUUCAACAGUUGGCGACGGGCCAUCGGACAGAAGCAUCACUUUGUCUUCUGUCGCAAGAGCUUCCUCAGUCAUCAGACGCUCCAGCAGAUUGAGGAGCUGCGACAACAGUACAUGGCCUUUCUUCUCGACACUGGCUUUGCGCAAGUGGAUGAAGCUACCAAGCAAAAGAUCGUCGGAACCCGUUAUCGGUCUGGCGGUGGCUCUCAAGUGCGGCUGAUGGAGACGCCUGCCUCCCUCGACUCAAACGGACACAGCAUUGCAGUCUUGCACGCAGCCCUCGCCGUAGGUCUCUACCCCAAGCUGCUCGCCAUCGAUCCCAGAAGCUACCAGAUCAGAACCAUCGGCAACAAUCAGCCCGCGGCCAUCCAUCCUUCCUCUAUCAAUUUCCGCCUACGAUUGGGUGACCUACCCAAGGGCGUCUCGAAUCUCGUCUACUUCACCAUCAUGCAAUCCAGGCGACUCUACGCGAGAGAGACUGCCCCGGUCCUGGAUGCCGCUCUUCUCCUUUUGUGUGGAGAUGUGGACUACAAAUUCUCUUGCAACUCCAUCUACAUCGAUCGUAACAAGCUGCGAUUCCGUCUACCCUCUCUCGCCUCGCUCCUAUCAUUGAAGUUGCUACGGGAGCAGCUCUCCCGCCUCAUCACGGCUUCUUUCCGCUCGCCAGGAAAGCCAGCCUUGGGAGCAUUUGCCAACGAGGCAGAUCGUUUCAAGAAUGUGUGA